AUGGAAGUAACGUCCAAUGACGAAGAGCGUGCCAAAAUGGCUGGCCAAGAAUUCCGCUGCAAACGGUGCAAUUUCCAUACAUUAGAGAUCUCUGUUCUUGCCAAACACUUUGAACAGUGUCACUGUGAUACGGAAGCGGAUCGGGAGAUUGCAGCUGAUCUGAGGAUGAAUUUGGUCCCAGCAAAUAGUAUUCUCACAACUGCAUAG